AUGCCGCGUGAAAUCAAAGAAGUUAAGGAUUUUUUGAACAAGGCUCGCCGCACCGAUGCCCGUGCUGUCAAAAUAAAGAAGAACCCUACAAAUACCAAGUUCAAGAUUCGUUGCUCACGUUUUCUUUACACACUUGUGGUACAAGACAAAGAGAAGGCAGAUAAAAUCAAGCAAUCGUUACCACCAGGCUUGCAAGUGAAGGAAGUUAAAUAAAUCUGCUCUAUGUGACGUGUGUUGAUGUACUUGAUUUCUUGGGCACUAUCUUUCAAUAUGUUCGUUAUGGAAUAAAACAAAUGGACAUAAUUGCGGUGUAAAA